AUGGUUCUGGGCGUGGCUAGCAGUGCUGGGCGUGAGACUGCAUUUCAUUUGACCACGGCACAGUCUUCUGUAGAUGUCAAGCAUCUUCUGCCAAUUUUCCUCGAGUUGAUCAUACCCUACCCAAGGUGCCUUUGUCUCAUUGCCCUUCACUGCUCCAAAGAGCUGCAGGAGCAUCCAGAAGCUGUGAUUCCAUCCCAAGGCUCGCGUGUCAUCAGCGGAAAAGCCCGAGAGAGUUCAGGGAUGGAGACCGCAUCUUCUCAGCACCAAGAGUUCUUUGAGUUCUUGGCUCAUUUGGACCAUGUGUUGGCCAGUCCCUGGAUAAUGGGAGGGAAAGGCCGCCCGGUGUCCCAUGGCAGGGCUGCCUCACACCUCGCCCCUGCCGUGGCCAGCAGCUCGGUCGACAGCAGCUCCAUUAGUCCAUUUCCCACUGCCGUCAUGAAAUACUCGAGGCUGGGCACUUUGUGCACAGACUUGAGCUCUGGUUUGCUGAGAGUUAACCAAGUGACUGCAAGCAAGCCAUGGCUGGGAGAGGGUUCUGCCCUCCUUCAUCCAGACAGCAGGUCCCAUCCUAGGUCCUUGGAGAAGAGCGCCUGGAGGGCUUUCAAGGAAUCGCAGUGCCAUCACAUGCUGAAGCACCUGCACAAUGGCGCACGCAUCACCGUGCAGAUGCCACCUACCAUCGAGGGCCACUGGGUCUCCACAGGCUGCGAAGUCAGGUCGGGUCCAGAGUUCAUCACCCGGUCUUACAGAUUCUACCACAACAACACCUUCCAGGCCUACCAGUUUUAUUACGGCAGCAACCGGUGCACAAACCCCACCUACACCCUCAUCAUCCGAGGCAAGAUCCGCCUCCGCCAGGCCUCCUGGAUCAUCCGCGGCGGCACGGAAGCCGACUACCAGCUGCACAGCGUGCAGGUCAUCUGCCACUCGGAGGCAGUCGCCGAGCAGCUCAGCCAGCGCGUGAACCGCACGUGCCCAGGCUUCCUGGCCUCGGGGACCCCCUGGGUGCAGGACGUGGCCUACGACCUGUGGCGAGAGGAGAAUGGCUGCGAGUGCACCAAAGCCGUGAACUUUGCCAUGCAUGAGCUGCAGCUGGUCCGGGUGGAGAAGCAGUACCUGCACCACAACCUGGACCACCUGGUGGAGGAGCUCUUCCUCGGCGACAUCCACACCGACGCCGCCCAGCGGAUGUUCUACCGGCCAUCCAGUUACCAGCCUCCGCUGCAGAAUGCUAAGAACCACGACCACGCCUGCAUAGCCUGUCGCAUCAUCUUCCGCUCCGACGAGCACCACCCUCCCAUCCUGCCCCCAAAGGCUGACCUGACCAUCGGCCUGCACGGGGAGUGGGUGAGCCAGCGCUGCGAGGUGCGCCCCGAGGUCCUCUUCCUCACCCGCCACUUCAUCUUCCACGACAACAACAACACCUGGGAGGGCCACUACUACCACUACUCGGACCCCGUCUGCAAGCACCCCACCUUCACCAUCUACGCCCGGGGCCGCUACAGCCGCGGAGUGCUCUCCUCCAGGGUCAUGGGAGGCACCGAGUUUGUGUUCAAAGUGAAUCACAUGAAGGUCACCCCCAUGGACGCGGCCACAGCCUCGCUCCUCAACGUCUUCAACGGAAACGAGUGUGGGGCCGAGGGCUCCUGGCAGGUGGGCAUCCAGCAGGACGUGACGCACACCAACGGCUGCGUGGCCCUGGGCAUCAAACUACCUCACACAGAAUACGAGAUCUUCAAAAUGGAGCAGGACGCCCGGGGCCGCUACCUGCUCUUCAACGGCCAGAGGCCCAGCGACGGGUCCAGCCCAGACAGGCCCGAGAAGAGGGCCACGUCCUACCAGAUGCCCUUGGUCCAGUGCGCCUCCUCCUUGCCCAGAGGCGACGAUUUAUCAGAGGACAGCCGAGGCCACCAGUACGGCGGGGCGCCUGGGAGGAACGCCCGUCCCCUGCAGCAGGCUGCCCUCGCCUGCCUCUGGGCGCUGUUGCUUCCCAGCAUCCUCAGAUAG